AUGUCCGAAGAAGUCGCCAGGAUAAUAACGGAUUUGCUGACAACGGAACCCGCGUAUGUGAACGUUACACCACCACCCUAUGACGCCUGGGAAACGUACGAGGAAAAAGUCGCUAGGACCUUGUCGUGCCUAAGGAGGGCAACUUACCUGGGUCAGCGGACUGAAACGUUAGUGAUGGCGUAUUAUUUGGGUCAGCUGGUAGAGGGAACGGGACCGCGGAAUUGUCUUACCUUACAUUAUCGCCUGGGAAGUUUGCGGAUCUACUAUCUAUUCCAACGAUGGGGAAUAGAGCAGAUCUAUCGGACCGAAUACGUUACCUUCAAUAAGAUUAAGCGGUUGAGCGCGCGAGAGUAUCGAGUUCUAGUCGAGUAG